GUCAUAAUCGGCCUAAAUGGCUGUCUCUCACAUGCAGAACCAUAUGAUAUUGUUGGCUGUUGUUUUGGUGAUACUUUGCAAUGUUCCUGUAGGCGGUCAGCUUUGUCAAGGAACUGAUGUAGUGUAUUUCAACUCCAAGUGUCUUCAGCUUUUUAAAGAACGGAAGUCUUGGACGGACGCUGGAAAUGAUUGUAAGUCUAGAAAUGGAACCUUGGUAGUCAUAGACAACAAGAAAUCAGAUGAUUUCGUCAGGGAAAGCUAUUUAAAAAGGAAGGGACUUAAUGUCGACGUUUGGAUUGGCGCCUCGGCUACAAAAAGAUGGCGUUGGGACGACGACGGGCAGCCCCUCCCCUGGGCGGCGUGGGGCCCCGGAGAGCCGAAUUUCAACGGCGGAAAUGAAGAUCGUGUCAUGCUGUGGAGAGACUUUGAUUACAAGUGGAACGACGAAGCCAAAACAACAACCCACAUAUACAGACCUGACGAAAGUCACGAGGAAAAAUCCAACGCUAUUUGCGAAUUUAACAACGGUCAGAGCUGUCCCGGAGAAACUAACUGUGGAUCCGGCGUCUUUUACAAUGGGUCAUGUUUUUGUCUGGAGGUUCACCCGGGCCGAGUAAGCCAAGAUGGAUAUACUUGGGGGCAGGCAAACAGCCUAUGUCUCAACAGAGGAGCAAGACUUGCCCAUAUUGAAAACCAGUCCACACAGAAUGCUAUAGUCAGCCAUAUUAAAGCAGAAAGCGUGAGGGACAAGUGGCGUUAUGCUGGAAAUUACUGGAUUGGCGCAGUUUGGGACAUAGCAGAACAGUAUAACUGGGUUUGGGAAAAUGGUAUGUUCACAUAA